AUGCCUGGAAACUCCAGGACUUUUGCCCUGUGGGCUCUCGGCGCCGCGCUGCUCGCCGGGUGCGUCGGCGUGGAAACAGAUGCCUCCCACAGCGUGGCGGCGGCGGCGACGCGGCUGCAAUCAGAAAACUUGGACGUGUACUUUGAGCGGCAGGUGCAGUCGUAUGCGGGAACUGGCGCCCUGUCUCGAAGAAAGAGGAACAUUCUCUUCCCCAGCGGAGUGAAACUGUGCGCCCAGGAGACGCUCAACGAAGCCAUCAGCCACCACCUGAGCUACUUCCACCUCCGAGACUGCCCCAGGAGCUUAAACCCCAACGUUGCCAACCUUAAAGCAGCCGGUUGUUACGAGGUCAAAGUGUGCCAGGAGACCGUGUGGGAAGCCUUUAAGAUCUUUUGGGAUCGCCUGCCGGAUCCUCGCGAGUACCAGGAUUGGGUCGGCCGCUGCCAGGACGGCUCCGUCAGCGUCAUGGAGAUUGGCCGACAUUUCAGCCAAUCAGAGGCGCACUACAACCUCAUCAAGAGUAUGGUGGCGAUGGCGGCGACGUACAACAGCGUGGCCACCACGCCGGGCCCCGCCCCCUGCAGCUCCGAGGCGACCACCGUCCAGCCCGAGGUCCCGCCGGCCGGCGCUCUGCCAGAGACAGUCACAACCUGGCAGGACGUCGUUUUGCCCGACUUGGAGCUCACCACUGGAACCCCUGACUGGUCGGUCCUCACAACGACUUCGACCAAGAGUCCCGUGGGUCUGACCUCUGACCCCGCCGCUGCCACCACGUCUGAGGAAACUGGAGGCGAUUUCACUUCAGAUCCAGAUCAUCCGGCCGGGGUCAUCACGGACGAGGUUCCCCUGGAGGCCGGAGAAGUUUACGUUGAGGACAUUGAGGAGGUCACCGUCGCCAAGGCCGUUGACUCUUUUACCCCAAAACCCACCAUUGUGAUCGUUCAGGAAGUCGAGGAAGACAAUGCUGUCCCGGGUACGAUUAAGGAGGAGGCUGCACACAACAUGGUGGAGGAUGAAGAGGAGAUUCUCGUGGCUGUUCCUGAUGCGGAUGAGAAUGUUCCUCGCCCCGAUUCUGAGACGAUUCAAGAAAUCUUUGUAGAACCUACCUCGGUUGAUGUAGAGCCGCCCUCUGAGGCUGUGGCUGAAUAUGCCUUCACAGAAUCUGUAGUUGAGGCGACUCCACAAACCACCACAGUGCCUGCUCCAGUGGAGGAACUGAGUCCAGAUGUUUUUUCUGAGGUCACGACAGAGGCUCCAACUGAUGCUGUGACUGAGGCCACAAAGGCUCCAGUAAGCAAACAAAUUACAGACGCCACCCCGGACUUGACCUUUACUAAUGAGAUUGUAGAGGACACAGCAGAAACAACAGGUGAUUCUCCAGUGCACAUAGAGGAAACAAUACCAGAUGUCUCUAAAGUAGCUGAAGAAGCAAUAAUCGUGGAGGAACCUGAAUGGGGAACUGAGGAACAUCCCUCAGAGAUUGCUGCAGAAGAUGAAGUCGAAGUCUCAUCAGUGGCCACUCCGACUGUAGUUCUGAUAACGGAUGAAGAUUCAGAGGAAAGUGAUGAAAAUAUUCUGGAUGUGGCUCCAGAAAAAGAAGCCAUUGCAGAGAAAGAAAGUGAGGUUCCCUCCAUGGCCACUGUUUUGAUCACAACAGACGAGAUGGUGGUAGAUUUCCAUGAAAACAUUAAAACUACAGCAGACACACCAAGACUGAUGACGGAGGUCACCUCUGAGCCUGCUGUACUGAUCUUACAAGAUGAUGAAGAUGAUGACCUCCCACAGGUCACCGAGGAGGCACCAUCAGAAAUUAUAGUAGGAGAGACAGAGCCAAUAGAGAAAGAGACAACUGAGGCUCCAAGGGAAAUACUAGAAAUCAUGCAAGAAGAAAUAGCAGAGGUAAAGACAGAGGACAAAGUUGAAGAGACUACUGAAACUGCUGUAGAAGUCAUAACAACAGAAACAGUAGAAGAAGAACCGAUUCAGAUAGUAGAUGAAGAAAAAGCAGAAGAAGAAGUAGCUGAGGGAGCAGAGGAGGCCAUUGUGACAGAGGAAGAAAAGAUAGAAGAAGAAGAAGUAGAUGUCACAAUAGAAACAGCUGAAGUUCAAGCAGCAGAAGAAACAGAAAGAGAAGAAAAGGAGGAGCCAGUGGAAGCACCGGGAGAAACCACAGAAGAAACAAAGGAAGGAGCAUCUGAAGUUGCAGAAGGAGAACCAGUUCAAGUUGGAGAAGAGGAGAUAUCUGUAGAAUUUGUUGAGGACAGAGAUGUACUAGAAACUACAGAAGAAGAAGAAGAAGAAGAAGAAGAAGCAGAGUCUGCUUUAGAGACUGCAGAAGAAGAGGCUGAAUCUGCUACAGAACCUUCCAAAGGGGAAUCAGAAACUACAGUAGAGUCUGUAAUAGUACCUGAAGUAGAAGCAGAAUCUGCUGUAGCAUCUGCAGAAGAGGAAGCUGGAGCUGCUGUUCAAACUGUGGAAGACAAAGCAGAGUCUGCAGCAGAACCUGCAGAAGAAGAAGAAGCAGUAGCUCCAGUAGAAGAAACAGAGGCUCCUGUAGCAUCAGCAGUAGAAACUACAGAAGAAGAGAAAGCAAUAGCUCCAGUAGAAGAGACAGAAUCUGCUGUGGAAUCUGCAGAGGAAGAGGCCAAACCAGCAGUAGAAACUGCAGACGAAGCAGAAUCUGCAACAGAAGAAGCAGAAGCUCCUACUGAAACUGUGGUAGAAGAAGCAGAAUCUGCUGUAGAGCAUGCAGAGGAAGAAGCAGAGUCUGCAAUAGUACCUGGGGAAACAGAAUCUGCAGAAGAGGAAGCAGAGGCUGUAGUUGAAAAAGUAGAAGAAGCAGAACCUGCUGUUGAAACGGUAGAAACAGAAGCAGAACCUGCAGAAGAGGAAGCAGAAUCUGCUGUAGAACUUGCGGAGGGAGAAGCAGAGCCUGCAACAGUACCUGGAGAAGAAGAACUUGUUGUGGCACCGGCAGAAAAAGAUGCAGAGUCUGCAGUAGAAACAGCAGAAGAGGAAGUAGAGGCAACAGUAUCAGAAUCUGCAACAGCAUCAGAAUCUGCUGUCAAAACUGCAGAUGAGGAAACAGACUCUGAUUUAGAAAUUGCAGAAGAUGCAGAGUCUGCAGUAGUACCAAGAGAAGAGACAGAAUCCAUUGUGACAUCUACAGAAGAGGAAGUAGAGUCUGCAGUAGAAACAGCAGAAGAUGCAAAUUCUGCUGUUAAAAAUGCAGAAGAAGAAGCAGAGCCAGAUGUGGAAAUUGCAGAGGAGGCAGAAUCUGCAGUAGAAACAGCAACAGCAGAAGAAGCAACAACUGCUGUAGAAUCUGCAGAAGAAGAAACAGAAACUGCAGAAGGAACAGGGCCAGGUGUGGAAACUACAGAAGCAGCGGGAUCUGAUGUAGAAACUGUAGAAGAAGUAGAGACUACUGUAGAAACUACAGAGGAAGCAGGUCCAGGUGUAGAAAGUGCAGAAGAGGAAGAAGACACUGUGGUAGAAACUGCAGAAGAAGAGCCAGCUGUAGAAUCUUCAGAGUCUGUAAUAGAAAAACCAGAAAAAGGGGAAGCAAAUGCUCCACUAGAAACAGUAAAGGAAGCAGAAUCUGCAGAGGAGGAAGCAGAGCCUGAUGUAGAAACUGCAGAAGAAGCAGAACCUGGUGUAGAAACUGCAGAAGAAGAAGCACAGCCUGGUGUAGAAACUCCAGAAGAAGAAGGAACAGAGCAUGGUGUUGAAACUGCAGAAGAAGAAGCAGAGCCUGAUAUAGAAACUCCAGAAGAAGAAGAAGCAGAACCUGGUGUUGAAACUGCAGAAGAAGAAGCAGAGCCUGGUGCAGAUACUACAGAAGAAGCAGAACCUGAUGUUGAAACUGCAGAAGAAGAAGCAGAGCCUGGUGCAGAAACUGCAAAAGAUGAGUUAGAGACCGUAGUAGAAACUGCAGAAGAAGCAGAGCCUGGUGUAGAAACUCCAGAAGAAGCACAGCCUGGUGUAGAAACUACAGAAGAGGAAGCAGAACCUGAUGUAGAAUCUGCAAAAGAAGCAGAGCCUGGUGAAGAAACUGCAGAAGAAGCAGAGCCUGGUGUAGAAACUGCAGAAGCAGAGCCUGGUGUAGAAACUACAGAAGAAGCAGAGCCUGGUGUAGAAACUGCAGAAGAAGCAGAGCCUGGUGUUGAAACUGCGGAAGCAGAGCCUGAUGUAGAAACUGCAGAUGAAGAAGCAGAGCCUGGUGUAGAAACCGCAGAAGAAGCAGAACCUGGUGUAGGAACUGCAGAAGAAGCAGAACCUGGUGUAGGAACUGCAGAAGAAGCAGAGCCUGGUGUAGAAACUGCAGAAGCAGAGCCUGAUGUAGAAACUGCAGAUAAAGAGGCAGAGCCUGGUGUAGAAACUCCAGAAGAAGCAGAGCCUGGUGUAGGAACUGCAGAAGCAGAGCCUGAUGUAGAAACUGCAGAUGAAGAAGCAGAGCCUGGUGUAGAAACUGCAGAAGAAGCAGAACCUGAUGUAGGAACUGCAGAAGAAGCAGAACCUGGUGUAGGAACUGCAGAAGAAGCAGAGCCUGGUGUUGAAACUGCAGAAGAAGAAGCAGAGCCUGGUGUAGAAUCUGAAAAAGAGGAGGUAGAGACCGUAAUAGAAACUGCAGAAGAAGCAGAGCCUGGUGUCGAAACUGCAGAAGAAGCAGAGCCUGGUGUAGAAACUGCAGAAGAAGAAGCAGAGCCUGGUACAGAAACUGCAAAAGAAGCAGAGCCUGCUGUAGAAUCUGAAAAAGAGGAGAUAGAAACUGCAGAAGAAGAAGAAGCAGAGCCUAGUGAAGAAACUACAGAAGAAGCAGAGCCUGGUGUUGAAACUGCAGAAGAAGAAGCAGAGCCUAGUGAAGAAACUACAGAAGAAGAAGCAGAGCCUGGUGUAGAAUCUGAAAAAGAGGAGGUAGAGACUGUAAUAGAAACUGCAGAAGAAGAAGAAGCAGAGCCUAGUGAAGAAACUACAGAAGAAGCAGAGCCUGGUGUUGAAACUCCAGAAGAAGAAGCAGAGCCUGAUGUAGAAACUCCAGAAGAAGAAGCAGAGCCUGGUGUAGAAACUCCAGAAGAAGAAGCAGAGCCUGGUGUAGAAACUACAGAAGAAGCAGAGCCUGGUGUAGAAACUCCAGAAGAAGAAGCAGAGCCUGGUGUAGAAACUCCAGAAGAAGAAGCAGAGCCUGGUGUAGAAACUCCAGAAGAAGAAGCAGAGCCUGGUGUAGAAACUCCAGAAGAAGAAGCAGAGCCUGGUGUAGAAACUCCAGAAGAAGCAGAGCCUAGUGAAGAAACUACAGAAGAAGAAGCAGAGCCUGGUGUAGAAACUACAGAAGAAGAAGCAGAGCCUGGUGUAGAAUCUGAAAAAGAGGAGGUAGAGACCGUAAUAGAAACUACAGAAGAAGCAGAGCCUGGUGUAAAAACUCCAGAAGAAGAAGCAGAGCCUGGUGUAGAAACUCCAGAAGAAGCAGAGUCUGGUGCAGAAUCUACAGAAGAAGCAGAAGAAGAAGAAGAGCCUGGUAUUGAAACUGCAGAAGAAGAAGCAGAACCUGGUGUAGAAUCUGCAAAAGAGGGUGUAGAGACCACCACAGAAACUCCAGAAGAAGAAGAAGCAGAGCUUGGUGUAGAAACUCCAGAAGAAGCAGAGCCUGGUGUAGACACUCCAGAAGAAGAAGCAGAGCCUGGUGUAGACACUCCAGAAGAAGAAGCAGAGCCUGGCACAGAAACUACAAAGGAGGAGGUAGAGAGCACCACAGAAGCUCCAGAAGAAGAAGAAGCAGCGCCUGGUGUAGAAACUGCAGAAGAAGAAGCAGAGCCUGGUGUAGAAACUGCAGAAGAAGAAGCAGAGCCUGGCACAGAAACUACAAAAGAGGAGGUAGAGAGCACCACAGAAACUCCAGAAGAAGAAGCAGAGCCUGCUGUAGAAACCACAGGGGAAAAAGCAGAGCCUGGUGUUGAAACUCCAGAAGAAGAAGGAACAGAGCCUGGUGCAGAAACUACAGAAGAAGCAGAACCUGGUGUUGAAACUGCAGAAGAAGAAGUAGAGCCUGGUGUAGAAACUACAGAAGAAGCAGAACCUGGUGCUGAAACUGCAGAAGAAGAAGCAGAGCCUGGUGUAGAAACUACAGAAGAAGCAGAGCCUGGUACAGAAACUGCAAAAGAGGAGGUAGAGAGCGCCACGGAAACUCCAGAAGAAGAAGCAGAGCCUGGUGUAGAAACUACAGAAGAAGCAGAGCCUGGUACAGAAACUGCAAAAGAGGAGGUAGAGACCAUAAUAGAAACUCCAGAAGAAGCAGAGCCUGGUGCAGACUCUGAAAAAGAAGAAGCAGAGACUGGUUUAGAAACUCCAGAAGAAGAAGCAGAGCCUGGUGUAGAAACUUCAGAGGAGGACACGGACUCUGCAGCACCACCUGUAGAUGACACACAGGACACAGCUGGAGAAGAAGAACAAGCUGGAGAAACCUCUGAGGAGAAGAUUGAGGAAGGGGAAAAAUCUGUGGACAAACCAGAAGCAGAGGGAACUCAGCCAGGCGUGACAGAGGAGGUCCCAGAAAUGACACAGGAAACCCCUCCAGACUCCGACGACGAGACGACUCCAGUGAUGGUGAUCCCUCCAGAGGACACAGAGGGAUUAUCACCUGGGACUGAAGUCGAAGAAACCACUGAACCGAUGGGAGAAGCUUCCCCGGAGGUCACGGUGGAGUUCCCGGGAGACUCUGAAGUAGAAAUCCCACCAGGAACCACCACAGAGAUGUUUGACACGGAAACGCCGACAGAAGUUCCUGCACCUGAAUCUGUCCCAGACAAAAAAGUCCUGCCAGAGACUCCGACAGUUCCCGAAGAUGUUGCUGAAGCCCGUCCGGAAACAACCACUGCCGGAGAAGUUUCCAAAGUUGAGGGUGACAGCAAAUCCGAGGACGCCCAAGUCACGCCAGAGUCGCCUCCAGAGCUUGAAGACAACGUCCCAGGUGAAGACAGCACCCGGGUAACUCCUGUGGAGGUUGUCCCAGAAGAUGCUGAAGAAAUCUCUCCAGCAGAAGAAAUCAUCCCCAAGACUCCAGAGGAAGUGGCACCCGAUUCCUCGGACGAGAUCACCCCAGGAACUGCUGUGGAAGCCGAUGGAAGUGAAUCCACACAGCAGGUGACGCCCGCCGCCUCUUUGGAGACCACAACCGAGUAUGUGGUCGAAUACAACAACGGGAACUUCCCGGAACCAACAGAGAGACAAUUUGAGACAAACAACGACUUGCUGGGAAACAACGGCUUCGACUUCGAAGACGAGCAGGAGAACAUGAUUGGAAAUGAGAUCGACGACACGAUGCUGCGGCCCCCGAGGCCCCUGAGGGACCAGGUGGUGGAGCUCAGCAUCAAACUGAGGGGGGAAAUCUACAACGAGGCCCUGAGGGACCCCAGCAGCUUCGAGUACCAGCAGCUGAGCCGCCAGUUCACCCGCAAGAUCGCAGACGCCUUCGAGCGGCUGCCAGGAUUCAAGAACAUCUACAUCGUGGAGUUCAGGCCACAGAAGGACCUGGAGAGGGGCCUGGUGGUGUCGGUCCACUACGCCGUCACGCUGGAGGUGGACGGCGCCGGCGUCACCAACGACACGCUGGACUUCAUGACGCUGCAGAACAACCUGGUGGAGAAGAACUACGGCGGCGAGCAGCCGACCGUCGUCUACACCGUCACCGACUUCCGCAACUUCAUCACGGAGGCGCUGCACAAGGACAACUUCAUGACCAACACCACGCUGGAGCUGGAGCCCGACUCGCUGCAGCUGGAGCACGUGGAGCAGCUGCUGCCUGCAGGGAAACCCACCAGCAGGCCUGCAGAACCCCAACACAACAUGGAUAACGUCCUGGCAGCAGAGAAGCCGCCCGACGCCCCGGGACAGGAAGAACCCAGCGACGUUUUCCUGAAAAAGGAGGACUUCCUGUUUGACCCGUUUGACCAGUGGAAGGGCCCGCAGGCUGAGGUGGCGAGCGAAAACGACGUCUUCCUGUUGGACGAGAACACGGGGUCUGUGGCGGCGGUGGCAGUUGAAUUCCCCGAAAACACCCUGGAGCAGGAGCAGGGCGGCACCACGGCAGAUGCUGGAAAUAUUGAAAAUGAAGGCUUUCUCUUCAACAAUGAUUCAAGUCCAGGAACCAAUCCCUCCCGAGGGAACCACACAGUCGGUCCUGGAGCCUCCCCUCCUUCCAAACCCAACCCCCCCACUGGCUCUGAGGGGCCUGUGGACGACACUUCUGGUUCUGGCUUCUCUGGAGAUGACCUGGGGACCGAUCUUUGGUCCUGGCCACCAGCGCUGACCCCUGAAGGAACUGAGCUCUACGACGAUGACGACGGCAGCCGGGAGGUUCUUCCACCACCUGAUCUGGAGUUAACUGAGGAGGAAGAAGAAGAAGAAGAUGAGCAAGCAGAAGAAGGUCUUGUUGUUGAAAUGCCAGCCGAUGGCGAUUUGGUUGCAAUGGGAGUGGAGUUCACUGUUUCCCCUGCACCACAGACGACAACAGUUCCCACCUCUGAAGAGCUGCCGAAGCAGGACGGAGGAAUUGAGGAACCGUUUUUGGAGCGGGUUCCAGUCACGCCAGACAUCAGCACUGACCCGCGUUACACAACCACCACCCAGGCGCCUGUUUUCUGGACCUUGGGUACCAUGAAGGUUGAACUUUCCAUGCAAACAGUGGAGGCUUCUGGUAUCUAUGCUGACUACCAUUCAACUGAACCAUACACUAUCACAGAACCCGUCACAGAUUCGCCCGAACCAGAAGCUACAGCAAGUGAGCCUUCUGUUUUGGCUGUGGAUACAGCAAUCGAACCUCAAGAAAACACUGAAUCUGCAGUAGAAGAACCUACUGAGGUUACAGCUGAUCUUCCAGUGGCAACAGACAGUUCAGAGGAAGACAUGACGGAGAAGAUAGAAGCCAUUGGUGAGCCUGGUACCGACACGGUACAAAUUGCUAGAGAGUUGCCUUCGGUUGUUGAGGCGGAGUCGGUUACAAUUAAAGAGUCCCUCCUUGAAACGAUCACCACUGAGCCACCAGAAAUUGAAGCAUUCACUGAAAAACCCAAAGUUCCGGUGCUAACGACUGAAGACCACAACGAGGUUGAGAUUUUAGAGGAGCAACACGUAAGCGUCUCCGAUCCUGCGACAACAACAGUCCCGGUUGUUGAUAUCCCAGAGCAGGACCUGGCUGAAGAUGAAGUCAUGGUCAUCACUGCGACCACCGCCGCUCCAGUCAUCCCUGCAUCUGCAAGUGCAGACCACAGCAUUUCUCUCUCACCUGAGAAGGACUCACCCUUCACUCGCGUGUCCGAUUCAGUGCCGGAAGAUGAGGAAGCCAUUCAGCUCGAGCACCACGAAAAUGGCGUGGAAGAUGUGGAUGAUGUCCCGCCGAGCACUCCGCCACCAUCCACCAUGGAUCGCUCAACACUAUCCAUGGAGAUGGUGAACAAGACAGAAAGUGCCACGACAAUCCCGCCUCUUCUCUACCAGCCAACGCUCAGUUCAGCCGCCGGUGUCGCCUUUGCAGGACCUUCUGUGGAGGACGGAGAUGCUCGGGUCCUUCUAACACCAACUUCCUCACAUCAGGACACCCGUGGUGCCCAGGAUGGCGCCCCAGCCACUGAGCUCCAACCCUUCAAGCCGGAUUUCUCAGACAUACCGGACAUCAACGUCAGCAUAGACGUGUUCCACUAUGACGGCACGCCAAUGGAGGGUGACAGCAGCGGUUACGCCAGUGUGGCUCAUGGGACGGACGCCGAGGCCAUCGCCAUGCCCACCAGCCCCGGCAAGGCCCUGACAGUGUUCUUCAGCCUCAGGGUGACCAACAUGAAAUUCUCCGCAGAUCUCUUCAACAAGAGCUCCGCUGAGUACAAGGCCUUGGAGCAGCAGUUCUUACAGCUGCUGGUCCCGUACCUGCAGUCCAACCUGAGCAACUUCCAGAACCUGGAGAUCCUGAACUUCCGUAACGGCAGCGUGGUGGUGAACAGCAGGAUGAAGUUCGGAAAGCCCGUGUCGAGGGGCGUGGCCAGCGUUGUCUACCUCAUCCUGGAGGACUUCGCCAACACCGCCUACCAAACCAUGAACCUGGCCAUCGACAAGUACUCGCUGGACGUGGAACCAGGCGACCGGGCGGAUCCCUGUAAGUUCCAGGCCUGUAACGAGUUCUCUCGCUGCCGGGUGAACAGCUGGUCAGGCGAGGCUGAGUGUGUGUGUGACCCGGGCUACGUGAGCGUGGACGGCCUGCCGUGUGUGAGUGUGUGCGAUGCCGAUCCACACUUCUGCCUCAAUGACGGCAGGUGUGACGUCGUCCCAGGACAGGGCGCCAUCUGCAGGUGUCGGGUUGGGGAGAACUGGUGGUACCGCGGCGAGCGCUGCGAGGAGUUUGUGUCGGAGCCACUGGUGGUGGGUGUGGCCAUGGCAUCAGUGGUGGGCUUCCUGCUGGUGGUGUCGGCGGUUGUUGUCUUCAUGGUGCGCACACUGCGGGAGCAGUACGACGCCGAGGACAGCGAGGACCCGCUGCGUCGUGGCGACAGUCUGCCGACUCUGGAGCGAGCCACCAAGUUCAACCCCAUGUUCGAGAGCCAGCCCGUCUCCGCCCACUGCUACCGUCGCUAUGAUGACGACACACUGCAGUACUGCUGUCGCUACGACGACGGCCUCCCUCAGCACAGCACUGUGGGUGUCGAUGCGCCCGGCGGCAACGAGACGAGACCCGUUUACCAGAGCACCUCGCUCUCCACAGAGGAGGUGCAGGAGCGCAGGAGGAUCCUCCAGCUCUGUGAAAGCGACCAGCAGUUUGCAGAUUUUGUGCAUCAGACUCGAGUAUUCCUGGAGCGGAGAGGAAGCUCCACAACGUAGUGGAGCUCUGGGAACCAGGCCGCGACCUGUCAAAAUAAAGAAACCUGCCUUUGUCUUUGACUCAAGAAAUAAGAAGGAAGAGAAGAAGAAGAAGAAGAAGAAGAAGAAGAGUGUCUUCAGUCUCGUUGCUGUUUCUGAUCGAGCCUCCACAGGUGAAGAGGAAGAAGAAAUCCUGGACUUUUUGUUGAUUUUCUUCCUAAAGGACUCUUCCUGUGUUUUGGCCGGGUCACCUGGCUCAGCGACCCUGACCUGAACUCUGACCAAUCAGCUUUAACUUUUUUCUUUUCCCUGGAUUUGUAAAUAAUUUGUGUUUUUAUCAUGUUUUUUUUUGUUGUUUUUUUUUUUUUUGUGUGUGUGUGUGUGUCUAACUCUUCAGUUUCUGUUGAAUGCUUUUUAAAUCUCACAUGUUUCACUGCUGAGUUUCUCUUGUCUUACAUUUCCAGGUAAUGAAUCAGAUUAUGGCUUUUAAUCUCAGUGUGACCUGCAGGGUUUCUGUCUGUGUCCCAAACUGUUCAUCACAGCUGCCAGGGAAAACCAUGCCGUGGAUAUUUUAUAUGAUUUCUGUUUCUCACAUGAAUUGAAAGUUUACAUGAGUAUUUACUCCAUUCACUUCCACAGCAAAACGGCUUUAAAAAUAACACUUUUAACACUGAAACCAACACCAACAAACUGAAUUAUGACAAUAUAAAACACCACAAAUCCCGGUUCCCAUUUUUUUCCAAUGUAAUUACUUUUAUUUGUAAGAACUAUCAGCUUGUUUCCUCCUGGUGUAAGGUUAUUAAGUGAAGGUUUCUUGCAGACGCCACCUGCUGGAUCUACUUUCCAGUUUGAAUGGGAAAAUUAACAAGAAAAGAGACGUUUCAUUUUGUCAAAAAAUGGGAACUGGGAUUUGCACAAUCUCAAAGUUUAUUUUUACAGCAGCAUUUAAUUUACAUCUCACUGCCACAAGAGGGAGACAAAUCAUAAAGCCGGUAAUUUUUUCACCCAAAAAUGACCAUAUUUUACAUUAAAAUAAUCUGACCUAGCAAUACUUUUUCAUCUUAACUUUUAUUUUAAUGUGAUUUACACUGAAGUGUUUUGUUCUAGUUGAAUAUAACCAUUUGGGGAAAAAAUUAACUGCGGCCAUCUUUUUUUUUUUUUUGGUGCCCGGCAGCUGUGAUAAAGUCCCGCCCCCCCCCACCAGUGCCUUCACUGCUCCGUUAGCAUUUUUGGGAUAUUAUGUGUAGAAACACUUCAGCGUCAUUUGUGUUUCCAUGACAACGCAUCAGUCCCCUCCCGGUCCCAGCCGCCCACCGAACUCAACUCGCACGAAUGUUUACGAAUGUUGCUGCGUUGAUCGCAUCGCCUCGUUUUCUCUGCUGCUGAGCUGGCGACUUUCAGCAUUUUUUAACCCUUCUCGUAACUUUCUUCCUGUAACUCUUCCUCUGGAUCGUCUCCUGCAGAUCCUCAACAGAUUCAGCUCAUACAUGAGUUCAAUUAAAUAAUUACAUUUCAACAACAUGUCUGUUAAGUGUUAUUAUGGAUCCCAGUGGAGUUCUGGGCUCACCAGCGCUGUGAUUGGUCAUAAAAUUUCUCGGCCUGGUGCCCAUUCGCUGAAACAGGACUGACAUCAUAAACCUUCAGCCAAUCAGAAACCUGACCUUGAACACUGUGGGCAGAUCUCGCCCAGAACUCUCGUGGGUUUGAUAAUAACACAUCUAACAUAUUGAUAUUCUACUUGCUGAUAUUUAACUGAUGGAUCAGUUGCCGUUCUGUUCAGUAUCUGUAGGGAGCUAUCCAAAGAAAGUGGGACCAAUCAAUCAGUCGCUGAUUCUGAUUGGUCCGAUCACUCCUCCCUCCUGAGCGGGACCAUGCUGUGAUGUGUUGAUAUGCAAAUUAGCGCGUGACAUCAUCUGGCGACUUCUGAAACCCUGUCAAGCAGCCAGCAGCUGAUCUCCUCGGAGAAAAGGUGACAUCGUCCACCAGCGGCCGUGUGGCCCCGCCCAUCGUUACCACGCCACAUUUUGGCUGAGAGCUGAAACUUUCCCCUGCGUUUAGGACGUGCUUCAGCCAAUCAGAGCUGUCGGAAAAACAUACAAGUGGACACAAUUUUGUCAGGACAAGACUUUUAAUUUGAAGAGUUAUCCUGGUUUGUACUCGCUUGAACGAGAAAAGAAAAAUUGGAAUAUAGAUAAAAAUAUGUAGUCGAGCUGCAAUUAACAAUUAUUUUCAUCAACAAUGAAUCUGUUGAUCAUUUUCUUGAUUAAUUGAUUAGUAUUUUGGUUUAGAAAAUGUUGAUCAGAACCCGGAGAGAUUCUGGUCGCCGUCACUGAGGCGAACGAGAGCAGAAAUACUCACAUCUGAGAAGCUGGAAUCACAGAAUUUGGACUUUUUCUUUUUAAAAAUAACUCAAAUCGAUUAAGUUUAUUGGCAGAGUCAUUAUUAGCUGGUGACUGAUUGACCGGCUGCAGCUCUGUGUGCAGCCUGGCAGUGUGCAGGCUGCUUCUUGUUGUCUGUUCAUUUUAAUGUUGAUGUUUGUUGUUGAGACUUCUGUUACCAGGAUCCUCGUUUUCCCCAAAUUCCCACCGGCAGCGACACUGUUCAAGUCCCAAGAGCCAUUUCACUGAUGACUGAUUUGUGUGUGUGUGUGUGUGUGUGUGUGUGUGUGUGUGUGUGUGUGUGUGUGCAGGUCCCGGGGCUAAAGGAGGUCAAAGGUGUCGUGUGUUGUCGUCACUGUGUUUUGUAUCGUGUGUUUUCUAUAAGUAGAGCCGACUAGAACUAAACCUGCGAUGUGUUAAAGUGCGAGCCUGGACGCGCAUUUUUCUAAAAUAAAACGACUCUUUUUUUACAGCACAA